UCUGUUAGAAUAAACCACCUGUGGAACAUUAACCACUCUCCGAGUCAUACCUAGCCCGAGACGACCAUACCACAAAGGAUCGAAUUUGGAGUCGGAAUGAAGUGCCUUUUUUUAUUCAUUCCAGCAGUUGGCGUAGGCCUAUUUGUUGACCCGUGCAACGUCACCCAUCAGGGCAAAGCAACGACGUACAACAUCUCAAACCCUAAGAGCAAUCCAACGUGUGGAUACACCUGGGUUGAUUUUAAAGAAGUACUGGCAACUGCUGAAGAACCCAAUAAUGGAGGUACAUCCUCAUCUCACCGCUCUCUCACUUUGCUUGGAUGCCGGAAGAACGUUUCUGUGAUGACUAAUUGCCCUCCGAAGCACUACAGAACCUUCUGCCUCCUCCCUAACUGCCCUGCUGCACCAGAACCUCAAGCUAACUUCACUGCUGCACCAGAACCUCCAGAACACAUUGACCCCAUAAUCAACAGCAGCCUGGCUCUGGCUGUAGUCUUGACUCCAGGGGGCAUUGCAUGGACUGUGGUCGGGACUGUUGGGGUCAUUGCGAUGGUCAUUGCGGUGGUCAUUGCGUUGAUCUGCUGCAGAAGGAAAGAAAACAGUUUGUUCGAGCGGUUCAAGAGAGCGUGUUCUUCCAACGAACCACAAAGCGGAAGGGGAGCAGAUGGAAGACCAGAAGAUACACCGAUGCUAGACGUUUAGACACGAGACAAGGUCGAGCUCUAUUGGCUGUGGAAGCUGGCAGACUCUUAAUGCUGUACCAGAGUGUGCACUUUGGAGUGAUUUUGGUCCAGGAACACAGAAACAGGAUCAUGUAUAAAUCUGAAUAGCAUGAAUAGUAUAAAUCUAUACAAAUAUGAAUAUUAUAUUAUUAUAUACUAGACAAAGUAUUAUUAUUAUUAUUAUUAUUAUUAUUAUUAUUAUUAUUAAGUGGAGUGAGUUAGAAUGUUCAAAUGAAAACAAUAAUAUAAAUCCAGUGGUUGUGAUUGCUGAUCAACAUGGGAGGCAUAUGUACUGAAGCUGUGGAAGCUCUUCAUGCUGCACCAGGGUGUGCACUUUGGAGUCACGUGCAUAUAAAUGGAUAUUAUUAUCGAUUUGAAUUUUGUACUCGAUACUCCUCUUUCUCACACUCUCUCUCUCUUUCUCUCGAAUAUUGCAUUUAAUUUACGACCAUGGACUUAUAAAAAAAUCUAUACAGUAUAUGUUAUACAAAAAUUCUAAAAUAUAUUUCAAACUCAAUAUACCCAACUAUAUAUAUAUUUUAACAGGAUCAAGAUAAUCAACCUUAUUAGAUAUAAAUACAUGUUAUUCUCCUGUCUCUUUGAUUUCUGGAUGGAUUAUGUAUACGGUUAAGGGUUCAGCAUGGGCUGUGUUCUUGAGACAUUUGCAAGGGGGCGUUUCUUUAAUCUUCCGAUGUGGCGUGAUGAUGACUCAUAGAAGGGAAGUUACUAACCACAGAAACGUCAGCAUGUGGUUCAACUCUGAUUGUUCUUUGCUUCAUAAAUAAAUUGGCUUGACUUGCAAA